UUCUAAAAGAGCAAGCAAUAAUUUGAAAAGUAUCUACUUAAAUCCUGUUAUUAUUGUCAUUAUUAAUGUUAUUAACAUUUUUUUAAUGUCUGUUAAGAUAAUAGGUACGAUUAACAUUAUGUUGUAAGAAAUGUUAGAAAUGAUAGAAAGUACAUGUAAUGGUCAGUGGCCACAUCUAGAAGUAAUUUAUAUGCAUUCUUUGCUGUCUAAAGAAUACUGUAAGGGGUACUGUACGAGAUAUUUAUUAUUACGGAAUUUUGACAUAUGAAUCAGGUACCUCAAGAUGUAGAAACAUAUUGUUAGGCAUUUUUUAUAGAAUAAUUUACAACGCGAUAAAACAAUAGAAUUGAAAAUAUCACGCGAAUAUUUGUAUUACAGCACUAUAAAACAUGUUUUUGCUAAAGGUAUUUUACGAUAUGUUCGACGUUAUAAUUGAUAUUUGUAUAAAUUUUAAAAUAUAACGAAACUAAAUUUGUUAGUACGUUUCCUUUUGUGAAACAGAAACAAAUGUAGCUCUCUUAUAUUAAUAAAAAAUUCAAUACUUGGCAGGAGAUAUUAGAAGGCUUAAAUUGUUAUUGUAAAACUAACGAUAUUUUUAAAUGUAUUACCAAGUUUGGAUGCAUUUCUUGACUUCUCUUUACAUAUUUUAUACAUAUGUCUUUGAAUAAAGUGAUCUAGUUCAUAAAAAACAGAGUAUUAUUAUUUUACAUGUCUGGGUAUUCUCUUUGAGAUUUUAUGAGUCAUAAAUUUUGGUUGCUUAGCGACUAUUCAAGCAAAACAUAUAAUAUAAGUACUUGGAAGUCAAGUAGUGAUGUUUUCAUCUUUUUCAUAACUGUCAAUACCACUGUAAAAGUUUUAUGACAAUUAAUAUUAUCGUGUUUAUUUACAAUUUAGUUUGUUAAGGCGUUAUUUAUAGUUUGAAAUCUAUAAUUUAUAUUUCAUUUCCCGACAAAAAUCUUUUUUAUCCAAAAUGGGGCCGAAAAAAGCAAAGACACCUGAUACCGUUGAUGGGGCAGAUACAACAAAAAUGAAUAGGGAACAAUUAGAAGUGUACGUUCAUAAGAUACUUGAAGAAUUAGAGCGUGAAAGGGAAGAAAGAAAUUAUUUCCAGCUUGAAAGGGAUAAACUUCGCACUUUUUGGGAAAUUACAAGGCAUCAAUUGGAAGAAGCUCGUGCUUCUGUCAGAAAUAAAGAACGUGAGAAAGAAGAAGUAACAGAAAAUCAUGAAGCGGAACUGAAAUUAUACAAGCAAAAAGUGAAACAUUUAAUGUAUGAACAUCAGACUAAUCUGUCAGAAACUAAAGCUGAGCACAUGGUUGCUUUAAAAUUAGCACAAGACGAUCAUGUAGAUCAAGAAAAUGAAUUGUACAAAGACAAAAAGGAUUUAAAAAAGAUAAUGAAAGAACGAGAGUUAGCACAUCUGAAUGAAAUACGUGCAUUAAAAUUGCAAAAUGCAGAGGAAAUAGAUAAAAUAACGAAACAGUUCCAAACUGAAGCCACAGAAAUGGAACAAAAGUAUGAACAAAAGUUGGUAAACCAAUAUGAGUCUCUCAGCUUGAAACAUCGUAUGGAAAUAACUGAAGUUGAAGAGAGGAAGAACACACAAAUUAGUAAUCUAAUAAAAAAUCAUGAGACAGCAUUUUCAGAAAUGAAAACUUAUUACAACGAUAUUACCCUUAACAAUUUAUCUUUGAUUAAGAGCAUGAAGGAACAAAUGGAAGUAAUGAGAAAUAAUGAAGAAAGGAUGAAGAAACAAGUACGAGAACUGACUGCAGAGAAUAAAAAGUAUUCCACAGAUUUAAAAACUCUUGAAGAAUCUGUAGCGCAAUUUACUCAUCAACUUCAAAAUUAUGAGAAAGAUAAACAAGCAUUAACUAGUACCAAAAAAAGACUGGCAAUUGUUCAGAAAGAUUUUGAAAAUUUGAAAUGGGAAAAUGAAAUAUUGGAAUUACGUUUUGAGAAAUGUCAGUCCGAAAGAGACGAAUUACACUCGAGGUUUGUCUCAGCUAUACUUGAACUUCAACAGAAAACAGGCCUAAAAAAUGUACUUUUAGAAAGGAAACUUGAAAAAUUAUCAGAUUUAUUAGAACAACGAGAGGCUCAGAUCAGUGAGGUACUUGCUGCUGCCCAAUUAGAUCCAACAGCUGUUCUUAACGCUAACAAGAAAUUAGAGAACAUACUGACUAGAAAGAACACCGCGAUACAAGAUCUACAGUAUGAAUUAGCGAAAGUUUGUAAAGCACACGAUGAUUUACUGAGAACAUAUGAAGCAAAAUUACAAGAGUACGGUAUUCCAAAAAGCGAGCUUGGUUUUCAGCCUCUAAAAAUAAAAUCAGUAAGUUCAAAAUUAGGAUUGGGCCCUGCUGGACUUGUAACUGUAAAUCGCUAGUUCAUAUUAAUAAGUUAUCUGCCAUUUAUAUUACAAUUAUAUAUGUAUAUAUGUAUGUAUAAUAUAUGUAUAAUAAAUAUACAUAUAUUUUUUUUCAAUUGAUGAUUGCUUUGGUCAUCUCUAAUAAUUAGUAAAAUCUCCGACUUACAAAAGAAGAUUAACAGAUACAAAAUAUAAGAUACUUUUGACGUAUACUAUUUUUAUUUUGUAAAACAAAUAAGUUUCAGCACAUCCGUCUUAUAUUUUUUAUAAAUUACAUAAAGUUAUCACAGAGAAUGUACAGAGCGGAUCAUAUCAGUGCCUGAAAGUUGUAUACAUUCAGAAUUAUUUCUUCAACACUUUUAUAAAUUCUAGAUUGUGGUACAUUUUUGUACCAGUUUUUACAACCACAUCUUCAUUUUCUUUUUUAUAAUUAACAACUAACAGGCAUUGAAUACAUUGAAGAUGCUUUAUGUAUAUACACACACACACAGACAUACACGUGAGUGUGUGUAUUUAUUCUUUAUAUAUUCAUAUAGAUAUUAACAUAUAGACAUGGACACAUCAACUAGACUAAUUUAUAAAAUAUUAUAAAUUGAAUAUAUAUCAGGUCACGUGGUUAAUAAAUUUCAAACACUUA